GUUUACCCUAAUAAAGACGGUUACCAUGAUUACCGCCGGUACGUUUAGUUUCAAACAUUGUUUUCCAAACUUUGUGAAUGUUUCCAGUGUGUUGUUUCUAUUUGACUAUAUUUUACAGUAAUGUUCCCAGCACCGGAAAAACGUCGUCAGCUUCGGCAGACGGCACUCUGCCGGGAGGUGGAAACUUCCAAGCAGCACGAAAGCUACCACAAAGACUUCAACCAAAUCCAACGUAACAGCCAGUUGAGUUUGCUGAAACGCCAACAGUCGGCCCAUUGCCGAGAACGGGAUGACGAUGUUAAAAGGCGAGAGGAAGAAGCCAAAGAAGCGGCCAGGCGGCGGCAGUUGCAGGAGGAACAAGAACUAGCCAUGCAACUGCACGACGCCAACCGUCGUCGGAUCAAUGAGGAAAAGCUUCGCCAGCAGCUUCGGGAAUCCAAUCAGGAGCUUCGGGAGCUUGAGUCCAAGUUACGAGCAGCUUACGUCGCCAAAGGUAUUGCCGCUCAGAAGGCGGAACUGGAAGCUAAAAAACUGGAGGAAAAGAUUGCUGCCCAACAGGAACAGGAAGAGCUGGAAGAGCAACGUCUCAACAAUCUAGAAUACAUCCGCCAGUGUCAGGAAGAGGAAUGGAAACAGAAACGGGAGCUCCGAGACGUCCUGCACACUCAGAUGAAAGCUCUGCAACGACAGAAACAGAUUCUGUACGAGGAAUUCCUCAAAGAGAAAAUGUAUCUCGACGAAAUUUGCAAAAGACUGCAGGAGGAGCGAUUUGCUGAGAUUCAGCGUAAGUUGGAACUACAGGAACGCACCCGUAAGGAGAUGGAAUACUUUAAGGAAGCCCAAUCGAUUUGGCAAGAACGCCAGAAGUUGGCGAUGGCGGAAGAGAACGAACGGAUUCGCCAAUACUUGGAAUCCCGCGAGGCAGAGGAACAGGAGCAACGUGAGAGGAAACUGGAGAGUACACGCUUCCGGGAACAACUCAACGAAAAGAUGGUCGCAGAACUACAGAGUGAAUUUGACGAGGCCCGCAAGCGCGAGGAUCUACUGCAGGAUCUGUACGCCGCCGAAUUGGACGAACGACAGGAAGAUCGCAUCCAGCGCGACCUGGAGCAGCAGUUGCGCAAACGGAUCGAAGCCCGACUCGGGCUGGAACGCCAGCUGACGGAGAUCGAAUGUCGGCGGCAGCGUGAAGCCGACGAGGAACGCAAGUUCAAGGAAGAUCAACUGAAGCUGUGGGCUGAACGGGAUCGCAUCGAUCAGAUGACGAACGAGAAACGACGUCUGAAGUUGAUGGAGCAUAGACGAGCCAUACAGGAACUGCUGGAGGAUCGCAAACGGCAGCGGGCCGACCAGAUCAAGGAACUGAUGCAACAGCAAACUAUGUUCGAGCAGCAGGAGAAACGACGCCAGGAGAUUAUCGAGGAGGAGCGUAUCAAAUUGCUGAAGGAACACGUGACGGCUUUGCUGGGAUUCCUGCCACCAGGAGUAUUGCGCGAAAGUGACAGGGAGCAUAUUCCUCUGCCAAAGCUAAAGAGCGAAGAGAAAUAAAUGGUGGGGGCUUUUUUAAAUCUGCAUUCAAAUGGUUUU